CUUGGAGCCUCUAAGGAGAUGGAACUGCACUCAACCAGGAUGAGAGGCUGCCCGGCCAAUGCAGCUGCCACCCCGUCUGCUGCGGAGGCUUUCCUUUUUGACUCCCUGGCGACACUAAAGUUGAAGAGCUUCCGGCCGGAGGCCAUUAUAUGGGAGACCCGGAAGGCGGAAAUUCUAGGGCGGAAGUGGCCGAGAGGAGAGGAGAAUGGCGGCGGAAGGCUGGAUUUGCCGUUGGGGCUGGGGCCGGCGGUGUCUGGGAAGGCCUGGGCUUCCCGGCCCCGGCCCUGGCCCCACUACACCUCUCUUUCUUCUUUUGUUGUUGGGGUCUGUGACUGCGGAUAUAACUGACGGCAACAGUGAACAUCUCAAGCGGGAGCAUUCGCUCAUUAAGCCCUACCAAGGGGUCGGUUCCAGCUCUAUGCCCCUCUGGGACUUCCAGGGCAGCACUAUGCUUACGAGCCAGUACGUACGUCUGACCCCUGACGAGCGCAGCAAAGAGGGCUCUAUCUGGAACCACCAGCCCUGCUUCCUCAAGGACUGGGAAAUGCACGUCCACUUCAAAGUCCACGGCACGGGGAAGAAGAACCUCCAUGGAGACGGCAUCGCCCUGUGGUACACCCGGGACCGCCUCGUGCCAGGGCCUGUGUUUGGAAGCAAAGAUAACUUCCACGGCUUAGCCAUCUUCUUGGACACCUACCCCAAUGAUGAGACCACUGAGCGCGUGUUCCCGUACAUCUCGGUGAUGGUGAACAAUGGCUCCCUGUCCUACGACCACAGCAAGGAUGGGCGCUGGACCGAGCUGGCGGGCUGCACGGCUGACUUCCGCAACCGCGAUCACGACACCUUCCUGGCUGUGCGCUACUCCCGGGGCCGUCUGACGGUGAUGACCGACCUGGAGGACAAGAACGAGUGGAAGAACUGCAUUGAUAUCACGGGAGUGCGCCUGCCCACCGGCUACUACUUCGGGGCCUCCGCCGGCACUGGCGACCUGUCUGACAAUCAUGACAUCAUCUCCAUGAAGCUGUUCCAGCUGAUGGUGGAGCACACGCCUGACGAGGAGAGCAUCGACUGGACCAAGAUCGAGCCCAGCGUCAACUUCCUCAAGUCGCCUAAAGAGUGAACGUUGUGGUUGGAGGAAUGAGGCAUCUGUGUGUGGAGAAGUCCACCCUAAGAGCCACAGAUGCGUGCCUGGGGGUCCAGCCAGUGAUGGAAGUGCGCAGCGCGGGCUCUGUCCUAGCCCAGCCCUGGGUCCCCAUGCCCCGUGGCCAGUUUGGCUGCGGGUUUCUGCUUUUCAGGAGAGGCCAGGAUCCAGUGUUUCAUGUGACAAUUCACUUUUUAAAAAUUCAGAUUAUUUUGAAAUGUUUUGGGGGCCACACAAACCUUGCUGCAACCUUUGGUCAGAGGACUGCCAGCCACUGGGUGUUUUCAGAGGUGACACCUGCCUUGCCCACCCAGCAUCCCGUGCAGCUGGCGAGGCAGGAUGAACUCGUUAUUAGAUUCAAUCCAUUUGUUCCUUCAGAUGUGACCGAAGCUGCCCUCUGUGCCUAGCUAUGGGCUGGGUGCCACAGACACGGAGAUCAGGCAGGCCCUGUCCCUGGGGCUCAUUCUAGGGGCUGAGGCAGACAGGGAGACAGAGGGAGCCGUGGGUGCCUGGAGGCUGAGUGGCUUUCUGGGGAAGCGCCAUCCCUAGGGACCUCCCCGUUCAGUCAGUGGCCGCUGCUGUCGGUGCGCAGAGCAGAGGCUGGGGCGAGAGUGCUCAGCAGGCCUGCCGGUGGUAGCUUGUGCAGGAAGGGAGGAUGGAGGUUGCCUUGUGGCUGGCAAGAGGGCGGCAUGCGCAUCGCUGAAAGGCAGGGCCUGGGCCCGAGGCCUGGGUGUGGGGACCCCUGAGGAGACUGCACAUGUGGAGUCGGGGCCGCGGUCGGAGGGAGGCAGAGUGGCAGAAACGGCCCAGCCAGACCCCAGCUCCUCCACCCACAGCCUGGAGAGCUUGGGAAAGUCAGUGUCUUCUCUCAGCCUGUAUAAUGGAAUGCACCAGAGGGUCCCAUCCCAGGAUGGGCAGGACCUGUGAGAACCUUGUGUGGAGGAGAGAGGCUGUGGGCCGGGGUGGAGUGUGGGACUCAGGUCCUGGGAGACCCUCCUGGGGGGCUGCCGAGAGCAUCUGGCUGUGGGCUAGGAGAGCCUGUGACCAGGGCCGCGCUGCUCCAGAUAGGGCCCUCAGACCCCAGCGUGGGGGUGGGGCUUGGAUAUGCGGCCUCCUGGGCCUCCCCUUAUCCAGAGUUGGACUCGGGAGGCCAGGAGUCUGGUUUUAACCAGCCUCCUGCAGCAGAAGGCAGCCCAGGCUUGUCGCUGGGGUCCCAGGGCCCAGUGGGCUUGAUCCUCUCUCUGCCCUGCCCUGCCCUGGGGACUGCAGAGCUGGCUGGGAUGGGCUUCACCUGACCUCUGCCCCUCCCUGGUGAGGGGGGUGAGUGCGACCGGCCUGCCCACCGUGGCCGGCUGUCCUAUUCCAUCCCCACUGCCCUCCUGCAGCCCCCUGAUCCCUGGCCUGCGCUGCCGUUUCAGCUCCCCCGUUUCUUCUCCCCCAGACAACGUGGACGACCCCACGGGGAACUUCCGCAGCGGGCCCCUGACGGGGUGGCGGGUCUUCCUGCUGCUGCUGUGCGCUCUCCUGGGCAUCGUUGUCUGCGCCGUGGUGGGGGCCGUGGUGUUCCAGAAGCGGCAGGAGCGGAACAAGCGCUUCUACUGAGCGGUGCCGCCGGCGGGGCCUGCCCCUCGGCCCAGGAGCCAAUGUGAACUUUUUUUUUACUGGGAUUAUAAAAGAACAACAAGAUGACCUUAUUUCUUAACUGUUUCAAAUAAAUGAUUAAAGUAUUUUCAUACAUUUUGCUUCUUGCCCAGCAGGGACAGGUGGCAGGGCUGAGGCUUAGGGUCUGGCACCCCCACAGCUGGAGACGGAGGCUCUCCUGGGGCUGGUGUCUCAGGAGCAGGGGUCUGUGCCUAGAGCUGGGCUGUGGCCCCAGCAGGCAGCUGUUGAACACUGGAGGGUCCCCCGGACCACACUGGGGUGGGCUCCUGAGGACGUGGGGAAGUGAUUUUGUUUUGUGGUGUGUGGCACGUGUGGCGACGGAUAAGGCCUGAACUGGGAAUCCCAGGCCUUCCUGUUCACCCUGAGCUGCUUCCUGAGACACAUGCUCAAGUGAGGCUGCAGGGGCGGUGUGGGGGGGCCGAGUGUGACCGUUUGCUAAAUAAAGUGAAAUACCCAACCUCA